AUGUUGAUAUUAUUAAUGGCAACUAUCCAUAAAAAGUUUUCGUCGUCGAAAUUUGAGAACCCAGCAAUUAACCUAUUACCACCCGAUUAUAAAUUGGAUUCAAUUUAUGUCAAUUCAGAAACUCCUUUCCCACAAUUAAUUGAAUUUAUUAAAUGCUCUGCAGAAUAUUAUCAUUUAAAUCAAAUUAUAAUACAAAGUUCUAUGAAGGAUGGGUUUCAACAAUAUUUCAAUGAAAUCAAUAAGAAUGUAAAGUCAAUGAUUGUGGGUAUCAGACAUUCUGAUCCAUAUGGUAAUACUUUGAAAUAUGAACAAAUGACUGACCAUAAUUGGCCAAAGUUCUUACGUAUACAUCCUAUUUUACAUUGGAAUUAUGUUGAUAUUUGGGAUUUUCUUAUUGGAUGUAAUGUGGAAUAUUGUGAAAUGUAUGAUGAAGGAUAUACAUCUCUUGGAGGUAUAAACACAACAGUUCCCAAACCCCUUGUUGAAGUUACCAACAGGUAA